AUGGCUACGGAACAGUUGUUGGAUUUCGACCUAAAUUCAUCAACUACAAGAGAACUUCAGUUUGAUAUGAUUUAUAAUAUGAUGACCGAAAAUACAUUUGCUGAAAAAGAUUUAAUAACUCUUUUUCAAAAAAUUAUUGAAUUCGAUUUUAACCUUUUAGGCGAAUCUGAAUAUAAUAGUUUAGUCAGGUCUAUAGGUACUAUCUAUUCAGGUCAUCUUCCGUUAGUAAAGCCAUUAAUAGCUAACUUUUAUCGAGAUUGGAAGAAUUUUACACAAAUAAUGCUUACAAUCGAAUAUAUAAACGAAAUUGAUAAUAAAGAUGACAUUGAAACAUACAAUUACGUCAAUAAACACAUUUUAAGCCAAAUUGUCGAAAUAUGUAAGUCAACAAGUGAAAAUAAACCAUUUCAAAUCAGCAAUAUCGCAUUAUCUACCUCAAAUAUGAUACUUUUGAUUGCUAGAGUUCUUCCAAUUAUAGAGCCAAAUCAAAAUAUCGUCAAAGACUUACUUUCAAUUUACAAUAACUAUCCCGUCAGUCUUCAAACAUCAAUUAUACCAUACGUUGCUUCAGUUAAUAGUGUCAAAUUGUUACCAAAAGAAAUGAUUUCAAAUUUCAUCAGAGAUAGAAAAACUCAUGGCCAAAUCUUUCAAGCUGUACUUUCAGAUCUUCCAGAUGAAAUAUUUGAACGCGAAUCCGAGCUAAUUGCUCAUGCAGCAAGAGCAGAAAAAGAAUUAUUACCAAUUUUGGCCGAUCACGCACCUGCAUUCAAAAAGUACAAAGAUAUAUUAGCAGAUAUCAUCAGAUACGUUGAUAAAGAGUUCUAUUUCCAAACUUGGUACAAUUUGGCCGCUUGUGAACAAAAAUUUCCAACAUCUAUACUAAAAAAGCGAAAUAUUCCUGAACAAUUCGCUCUUAUACUUGCGGAAAGGCCACAGGACUUCAUGAAUAUGGACAGAGCCAUUACUUUCUUAAGAUUUGCAUCUGAAGAUUAUUUUUACAAUUUUUAUCACAGUUUUGAGUUCACACCUGAAAAUGCUGACUUCUUUAACCAACCAGCGUUGCUCCAUCGUCUUUCUGAGAGCUAUGACAAAAAAUAUAAAUUAAAACCUGUUGAAAACAAGGAAAAUUGUCUUAUUAACAUCGAUUUAUUGGUCACCAUGAUCAUUAAGAACAAUUCUACUAACAUAGAGUUCUUCAAUCACUUUGUUUCCUCAAAAUGUACAAUGCUUAUUGAUUUUAUCAAGUAUUAUUCAGAUUACGAACAUGAAAUUGAAGGAACAUUAGAGAGUGUAGCAUAUGCAAUCACUUCUAAACAGCUAAACUACUUGUUUACGUCAGAUUUGUAUAAUGAGUAUUAUUAUUUGAUGCUAGAAAUGCUUCUGUACCGUAAAACGUCAAGUACUCCGUUCGAUGAUAAGUUUAUCCAACUCAGAAUCCCCGAAAUCAUGACACCUGAUAUGAGUCUGUUCACUGAUAUGCAGAGUUUCUUCAAUGAAGCCCUUAAUAAUAACUACUACAUCAAGAACAUCAGGGAAUACUCACCGACCAUAAGAGAAUUCUAUUAUUGUGGUCAAUUUAUCAAUAUCUCAUUUGAAGGACACUUAGAAUGGAGAUACUCUAAUCUGGCACCCACAAACUUCAUGAUUGUCGCUGCAAUGAGCUGUAUUUAUUGCGACCAAACAGAGAAAUUAAAAGAAAAUCCUCUAACUUUCGCUUCUAUACAGCCAAUGUCUUACGUAUUGAUCAUUCCUUUGCCAUUCUAUAAGUUGGCGCUCAAGGUGGUCUAUGAAACCUUCAACCAAAGGUGCAUAAGAAUAUUAGAUAAGCAAAUUACCAUUUUCUUCAUACUUAUUUUCAUUACUUCGAUGAUAAUUGAUAACUUCAAUUUAAUACCACCUGAAGUUAUCGUUUUUAUCAUCAAAGAACUCGAAGUUUUCACAAUUCAAGGUUCAAAUCCACUUUUAACCGAAUAUAAGAACUUAAUCAAUCAGAUGUUGCAGAAGAAUGGUAAGAAGAUACUCAAACAAAUCGCUUCCAACGUAAAACUCCUUGAACCAUACAGUGUUUAUGAAUCAUUAGAUAUUAAUGUCUUUCCAACACAACAUGUGCUCUGGUUACUUGUCGAAAUGCAAAAUAGACCUCAUGAAUACGAACAUUUCAGGUCUAGAAUAAUCUCAAGAGCUUACCAAAAAAAUUCAACAGAUAUUAACUUAAUUUACACUGCAGAUGCUCAAAAAGACUACAGGGCUGUAUACAAUAUGGUAAACCAGAUCGGAUAUUACAACAGGCGUAUGCAUUUCAACGAAUUCCUUAAAAACAAAAGAUUAUCUUACGUAAGUUUGCUUCUUGUGGCCAACAACAAGAUCGCCCCAUCAGGAGACUUGCUGCUAACGGUUGCAGGCGUAAAGCGAUUAUCCCGUGCUAUUGCUUCUGUAAUGACUAUGUCGAAUGAGUAUAACAUGAACCUUGCUCAGCUUGUCCAAAAUGUUAUUUCCCGUGCAAGCUCAGGAAAUAAGUAUACGAACUAUGCUUUUUACAAGAGAUUCCUUGAAAUACCUUUCUUAUCUUGUCCUUACAGCGUAGUUGAGCCACUUUACGGAUCAUCACCAUGCCAAGGAAUAUAUAUCAAGACGAUCCAGUCAUGUUUCAUUCGCGUAACUGAUCAAGUUUUGAUGAAGAAAGAUUGGAGGAACUUCCCCAAGGCUACAGACCUCUCAAUUUUCUUUGUCGAGUACCUCUUCAAGACCAUUGUCUCUAUCCCAGGCCAAAUCGCAAUGGGAGCCUUAGUUUCCCUCGUUGGCCAGAAUACUUGGUCAUUUCCAUUAUUUAAGACGCCCCCCUUUGAAAUUUUAAAGAUGAUUUUGAAGCGAGCAGAAGAAUUAAACAAUGUAGAGGAAGACAAGAACCUUGGCUACGACGCUUUCCAAACUUUAUCCGUAAUUAAUGUAAUAUUAUUUACACCAGAGAUGCGCCAAGUUUUCUUCCUCGAAAUUGUUCCCCACAUUGCUGAAUAUUCCAUUGCACAACGAAUUUUCAUUUGUUUCAUCAUCGCACACCAUUUAAUUGACUCAAGAACACAAAUUUUCACUUACACGGCCAUAACUCCAUAUGUAAAUGAGAUUGCGAAGUGUUCUGUGAUUCCCAAGAAAGACAUGUCAGUCAUUGAACAAAAGUUGUUAGUUGUAGGCACCCUUUUGAUGGCAACAAUCUCUCAAAUCCAUCAAAAUUUGGAUCCUUUCGCUAAAUCCCUUUCAGCGGAAUUUCUGAAACAUGAAAAUUUCUUUGUCAAUUUUUCACAUACUGAUGGAACAUGUACUUCUUUCGUUGGCAAUUUCACACACGAUGUUUUACACUUCGUGUUUAGAAUUGGACAAAUUCCUAUGUCACAAUUCUCCGUAAUGCCAAGAUCGAAAUCAAUUCCAACAUCAGAAAAUAAAGGUGAAAUUUUGCCAAUUGCAAAAAGUGACAAAACAUUGGAAGGUCCAUUAAAGCAUUUACCAUUAACUGUACAAAUCCGUAUUCUCAACAAAAAGUUGCCUCCUAAACCACAAAAGAUAAAUACAAGGCAAUUCAUUGAGUUGUAUAAAUAUGGAUUGUUUACAGUUAGAUAUUUCUGUUCUUCUCGUUGUAAUUUGAUUUUGCCACAAUAUAUACAGCCAAUCAUCGAAGCAACGGAAGCAAUAAAGAAAUAUGAAGAUGUUCCGGAUCCUGAACCCAUCAAAUUCGAUUUCUCUUACUUGGUUUCUGUAAUUCCCGAUUUGCUCUCAAUGUGGAAACAAAAUUCAAUGAUUGACGACUUUACAAUGACGAUAGUCGUGUCACUUUUGGAGAUACAUGGUGAAAAAAUCAUUGAAGAAAUAAUCAAGUCAAGAGAUACUGCUUUGAUUGCUUUCUGUUCAAUUGUCAAAUCCGUUGGCAAAAUUCCGUUAAAUUUAAUUGAAAAAUUUGACAAAUUAAUAACUCCUGUUUUAACGAUGAGAUGUUUUGUUGAAGGCAACACCAAGUUAGGCUAUAGUGUUAUUUCCAUGGCAUUAACUGUUAAGAUUCCUCCAAAACCAUAUGUUAUUGAGUUAACUAAGAAAUAUUUGCAAAGUGAUGACAAAAGAGUUUGGUACAGAGGAUUGAAGUUAAUUCCAUUGUAUCCUAAAGAAAUGCAGCAUGAUUUGAUCAAUGUUUGUUUCACUAAUGUCACUGACUUAGUGUCAUCAACAUUGUUCUUAAUGGUUCUCCCUGAAGAAGGUCCGAAAAGACCUGCAAUGUUCAUCUCUAUUUUGUCCGAUUUACUUGAAAAGAAGAAAGAAGAUGAAGCGAUUUCCAUCAUCACGGAUUCACUCACAUCUCCUUAUACAGGCAAAGAACAACUGUCUGAGUUAAUGGAGAAAGACGAGAAGACAUGGACAUUGAUAUAUAAUAACAUAGAAUGGAUUUGGAACAAACACAACGAAAAGAAUUCGUUCAAAUUCAUUACGAGGUUCAUGCACAUUUUACCAUUCCAAAUCAGAGUUGGAGAGAUGAGGAAAGCGAUUAAAGCAAUGAUCUACAAAGAAUCAAUUGCAUUGUUGAUCAUUCAGAGUAAUGCUUUGUUCGAGAAUUCCUUGAAAGUCAUUUUAAGUUAUUUGAAUGAUGAACAAAGUAUUCAUUCCCAAAUUUACAUCAAAUUCCCUGAAAUGAUGUCACCUGAAAGUGGCGGUGUUUUGCGUGGUUGGUUCACUUCUUUCGCUGAAGAAAUGGUUAAGCCAGAACGUGGUUUAUUCAUUCCUUCAAUCAACAACUGUUCAUAUACAAUCAAUCCUUCGUGUACUGAUUAUUCUAAAUUCGAAGGAAUUGGUCGUUUCAUAGGAAUCGUUGUUCUUCACGGCGAAAUUCUCGGUUACCAAUUAGCACAUCACUUGAUCAAAGCAAUGAUUGGACGCAAUGUUAAUGCAUCUGAUCUUGCGGACUAUUCUCCUGUUGUUUACGAUACAAUCACAUGGAUACAAGACACGAAAAACGAUCCAGCAGAUUUGUGUCUUGAUUUCACAGUUGAUUCAGGAAAUGAUAGCCCAGGAAUCGAACUUUGUGAAGGUGGACGUGAUAAGAUGUUGACAAGAGAAAAUGCUGAUGAAUAUGUCGAACUUCUUACACAAUACUAUCUUUACAAAGAGACAGACAAACAGAUUGAUGCCCUCAAGAAAGGUUUCCAGUUUGUUUUGAAACCAUCACUUUUCACACUUUUCACUUCAUCUGAAAUUGGUUCAAUCAUUUGUGGUGAACAAAAGACAGAUGUGGAAGAACUGAUCAAGAAUUUCGAGAUCCUUCCUCCUUUAUCUCAAGAACACCCAAUUGUUCAGAUGUUCUUCAAGAUAAUAAGGCGAUGGAACAACGAAUUGAUCUCUAGAUUAUUACUUUUCAUGACAAGCGCUCAUACUAUUCCAAUUGGAGGAUAUGAGUUUAUGAAGGCACAGGGAAGACAACCUAAGCUAAAACUAGCACCAAUGACAGGUGAUAAACUUCCUCUUCCGAGCGCAUUGACAUGCUUCUCACACCUUGCGCUUCCUCCAUAUCAAACAGAGGAAGAAAUGGAGAAGGGUUUGAUAAUGGCAAUUACAGAGUCUGAAGGUUUCAAAUGA